GUGAGACACGCGUGCGUUAUACUUCAUACUGGAGUAGCUGGUGUUCACAAACCUCUCCUGGCAAGCUUUGAAUCAAACCAACUAAAACACGCAUAGGUCAUAUUUAAAGCUUUUUUACUGACGUUUUCUCAAAAGUUUGGAGUCACCAUGCCAGCGAAAAAAGCUGUGAAGAGACAAACCAUUGCAUCAACUGAAUCUGCGAACUUGCCUGUUGGUAAAAAACAAAAAGUUUCUCACAGCAGUCAUGGCCAGGAGAAGGGUCUGGUGCUUGUUCUUGGUCAGGGUGACGUUGGGCAGCUUGGUCUGGGAGAGGAUGUGCUUGAGAGAAAGAGGCCGGCGCUGGUCACUCUUCCUGAGGGGAUUGUGCAGGCUGUAGCCGGGGGCAUGCACACUGUCUGUAUCAGCGACAUUGGAAACGUUUAUACGUUUGGCUGUAAUGAUGAGGGCGCGCUGGGACGCGACACGUCGGAGGAGGGUUCAGAGAUGGUGACGGGAAAGGUGGACCUUGGAGAGAGGGUUGUGCAGGUUUCUGCCGGUGACAGCCACACUGCUGCUCUCACGGAGGAGGGAACCGUCUACGUCUGGGGCUCUUUUAGAGAUAAUAAUGGUGUCAUUGGACUUCUGGAGCCCAUGAAAAAAUGCACGUUGCCUGUCAAAGUUCCUCUAGACAAGCCUGUGGUUAAAAUAGUCUCAGGAAAUGAUCAUUUGGUGAUGCUGACUGUGAGUGGAGAGCUGUACACCUCAGGAUGUGGAGAACAAGGACAGCUGGGCCGGGUGGCUGAGCAUUUUGCUAACAGAGGAGGCCGGAAGGGUUUGAUGAGGCUGCUGGAGCCGCAGAUGGUUAUUAUGAAGCCACGGGGCAAGGUUGUCUUUACGGAUGUCUUCUGUGGAGCAUACUUCACUUUUGCUGUGUCUAAAGAGGGUCAUGUUUACGGGUUUGGCCUGUCAAAUUACCACCAGCUUGGCACUAAAAGCACAAACACUUGCUUUGUUCCGGUCAAGCUCACUACUUUCAAGAACUCUAUCACCUCCUGGGUGGGUUUCUCAGGGGGACAACACCACACUCUGUGUUUGAGUUCUGAAGGACAAGUUUACAGUCUUGGUCGGGCAGAGUAUGGCCGCCUGGGCCUAGGGAAGGAUGCUACAGAGAAAAGUGAGCCCACGCCGGUCACUGGGAUCAGUGAUGCUCAGGUGGUUGCCUGUGGUGCCUCUGUAAGCUACGCUGUCACUAAACAAGGCUCGGUGUUUGCCUGGGGCAUGGGCACCAAUCUGCAGUUGGGUACAGGUGAGGAGGAUGAUGAGUGGAGCCCAGUGGAGAUGACUGGUAAACAGCUGGAAAACCGUGUAGUUCUAUCAGUGUCCAGUGGGGGGCAGCACACAGUCCUGUUGGUCAAAGACAAGCAGGAGAGCUGAUGUUUACUUCCUUGACUGAAAAGCUGAGCCAAACUGCUGUAUCAGUGGUAUCUGUAACCUAUAGCUUCAUCAAGAACGGGGGGAGUCCGGGGUUGAUAAUACUUCCUGUGCUGAGCUAAGCCAGCAAAUGAGGAAGGUGAUUGGUUAUAAAAAGGGUAGGAUGAAAAUCAUCUAAUUAAACCUUUUAUUCCAACUUGUGGGGAACCCAAACAUUCACUGGCUAUGGUCUGGUAGAUCAUGAUCAAAGAGAGAUCUUUUUUAAGGACUUUUGCUCUGCUUUAUUUUCUUAAUUCCUUUUAGUAUGCCUUCUGGAGACUGUCUGUUGUGAGUGAUUGCGUGCAUGUAGAAAAUGAUUUGAUAAGUCUUUUAGAUAAGUCCCUAUUACUGUUUAUUUUUAAUUCCACAUUUUGGUCCAAGCAAUAAAAAGGUUACAAAAGCAGGUAUCACUUACAACUUUUGGGAGAAAAAAAAACAGAUUUGGUAUUGCUGUAUUUUUGUGGCUUUACACGGUUUCUUAAAAUCUUAAGUGGAGCAGAACCACUGUAUCCCUGCAUUGCUGGCCCUGUGGACGUUUAAUAAAAAUCUAAUCUUUACAGAAGAUGAUGUAUUCUUAUUUAACUGAUGGUCACUAAACCAGGACCACUUUUGAUGUUCCUAAUAUGUAGUUUUGUAUAGCAUUUGCAUUUAUAACAUUACAUUUAAGCAGUUUAUGUUGCCGUAUGUAUAAAGAAAUCUAAAGCACUUUAGUUAUACUUAAUUUGGUCUUGUCAUUUAAAUUAAUCUUUGGUUAACUAAUAGCACUAUUUAAUGUAACUUAAAUGUAUCUUUGUUUGUGUUUUAAUAAGUAUAUCUUAAUGUAUCUUAAAUAAUUUUCUUUUAAUGUUUAAUAUUAUUAGAUCACUUGUUGCCUUGUAUGUAUGACUUGACUUAGCAUCCAUUAGGUGGCAGUGCUGCAGUAAUAAAGUAUUCAAAGUAUUCAGAGAAAAAAAAUAUUUGUUAAACCUUAGGAAGCAUUAUGAAGAUUUUAAAACCAUGGUAAUUAAUCAGCAUGUUUUCAAAGACACUGUACAUAAAACAAAAACGAAAAAUGCAUAUAUUUGCAGUUGUAUUAAACUGCGGGCUAAGGAUGGUUAUUUGCCAUAUAAGAAGUACCAAACCCCUAAACUACCAAUUUCAUUUACUGUGUCCCAAAUUCUGAUAGCAAAUGAGUACAGCUGCAAUUUUACAAGUCUUCAAAUAGGAGGCAGUCAUAGCACUUCCCAAACUAUGCGAUUGCCAGGUUAGAGUCUCAUCUCGGUUCAAUUUACGCCUUGCAUGUUUUCACAAACACGCGCUUGCUGGGAGUUAUGAAGAUGAUAACCCACAAAAAUUAUUAUAAAUAUAUUGAAAUACUUAAUAAACGGUUAUGCUAAACAACAGAGUACAACACUGUACGAUCGAAAAGGCUUCAAAUCUUGAGAAGUUCACAUGAUUUUAUUGGCACAAAUUUGCUGCGGCUGCGCUCAGACCGAUCUGCGUGUGACGUCACAGUACCGCGAAAGCCUUCUCCGUAUGCUUUUGCAUCGCUUUUUUCUUAUCUGAGAAGCGCCACAUAAAGCCAAAAUUUGAAUGGUCGAAGAGUUGGGUGAGUAGACAGUGACAGAAUAUUUACACUGACAUUUGGCAGAUGUUUUUAUACAAAGCAACAGUGCAUUCAAGCUCAACAUUUUUAUCCGUGAGCACAUAACCUUUUUGUUUGCAUAAUGUUAAUCAAAUUGAGCAAUUAAUUUCUGGGUGGGCUAACUGUAAUUUCCCACCCAUCUUAAAGGUAAACAUUGACAUAUUUAUGUUUAAUAUGGGGUUUAUGGGAUUAUAUAUAGGAUAUGCAAAAUGCAUAGAUUAAUGUCCUAAAUUUGAAAAGUACUUGGGGCUGGAAAUGGUCGGCUCGCUUUGAUAAAACUGUAGAUCAAAGCACCACUUCAGAGUAUGAAGAGGAAAUGUAUUGUGCUCCUGUCCGAUCUUUAUGCUACAGCCCACAGUGAGUCAUGCUGAGAGACUUUGAGGAACAUUUCAGUUAAAAACCUCUUCAAGGCUCAUUUUCUCCGAAAGCUUUGAUAUGCUAACAGGCCUGUUCUGCAAGCACUUAAUUGACCACCACCAUUUAGUGCUGUCAUACGUGUUUUUUGAUGCUCGGUGUGAAACGGCUUGUGGUUGCUUCACUAGGAAGUGGGCACUGGCUUCUUAUGAGAACUUUCGAUUUAUAAUUUAUGGCAUUAUUAUUAACUUUCUCUGGAUCGGUUACACAUUUGUGAAAUGAUCUGCCCGCUGCUACAAGAUCAGCAGAUUCUGUAGCCAUCUUUAAGAAACGUGUGCUAUCAGGGUUCCGUCAGCACCUGACCGAUCAGAUCUGACUUCUAUCUCUUUUCUACUCUUUCUAAUCAAAAAAUAAAACCCUUAGCUUUGUAUACUGUGGUGAGACGAGUUUUAUUGCACUUAUGCUUUUUGUUGUCCUUAUGUUGUUCCAAUUGCUUCUCUUGUUUACCUCAUUUGUAAGUCGCUUUGGAUAAAAGCGUCUGCUAAAUGACUAAAUG